ACGAUUCGAAUGACGAAAGUGCGCCUGACAAUGAGCGAUACUUGGAAUAUAAUGGUCAUGCGUAAAGCGCACAAGUCAACUACGCAGGAUGCUGGAUUGUUUCACUUCCGGUAUACGGGUCUUCCAUCAUAUGUUUGUGUGCCGUGAAAAUUGUUGGUUGUCAAAGUCGAAGGAUAUUUUUUCAUUCGUUGUGACUCCUGAUUUCUAACAAUCGCAAUAAUAUUCGCCCCGUAUUUAGCCAGGUAUUAUCAAAACUCUGCGAGUGUACCGUGAAGUCGUAUUUUCCCAACGCUCAAAUUCCAGUUAACCUUUACAACGUUGACGUGGUUUUUUUUUUUAUUAUUUUUUUUUUUUUUCGUCGUCAAAACUGACGUCUGACUCCUCUACGAAAAUAGGUUAUCACGUUAUACGUAUACAUGUAAAUAAUUGUAUCACGGUAAUGUGUCUCACGAAAAACAGUUGAGCCUGAUGUGAGAAAUAAUUAAUACUCAUUCGUGAAUACAAGUGUGAAAACAGUGAAGUUUCCAUUACCAAUAGUACCGAUCAACCCAGCCUAGUUUAUAUAUAUAUGGUAAUAAUGAAUAGAAAGCCAAACACUGCCACUGCUAGAUUAAAGCAAGACUAUUUGAGACUGAAAAAGGACCCGGUGCCGUACGUCGUAGCUGAACCCGUACCUUCGAAUAUAUUAGAAUGGCAUUAUGUUGUCAACGGUCCGGAAAGUACACCUUACGAGGGUGGAUUUUAUCACGGAAAGCUCGUGUUUCCACGGGAGUUUCCUUUCAAACCACCUAGCAUAUACAUGACCACGCCAAACGGCAGAUUCAAAGUAAACACACGGCUUUGUCUAUCCAUAUCCGAUUUUCAUCCAGACACUUGGAACCCGGCAUGGAGUGUUUCCACCAUUCUUACCGGUCUCCUUAGCUUCAUGAUUGAAAAGAGCCCGACACUGGGCAGCAUAGAGACACCAGACUAUGAAAAAAGGCUGUUGGCAUCGCAGAGCCUUGAGUACAACCUCAAGGAUAGUACAUUUUGUGAAUUAUUCCCAGACACGGUAUCGGCUAUAAAAGCAGAGUUGGAGCACCGCAAGGAACUGGAAAAGCAAGCGAGACAUCAGUCGACAGCAUCUGAAGUAUCUUCGUUAAUUAGAGAUCAGUUUCAGAGAGAACAGAGUCCGCUUCAUAGUGCCCUCACUAACCUCAUUGUUAUCGUAGGUUUUGCCGCGUUUGCCUAUACUGUGAAGUAUGUUUUGAGAAGCAUUGCUACCGAGUAAAUUAAUUCUAGUUAUAUCAUAGACAUAUUAUGUUCUGUUCUACUGAAAACCUAAGAAUGGGGUUCGUGUUUCUGUUAUAAAAACACCCUAGGAGCUUCGAAAGAUCUGAUAUCUAGCGACUGGUCGAGCAGACGUAGGUAAUAGUUCUUUUGUCCUGGACACGGAUUUGAUAGGAAACAAUGAUGUUGUUUUGAUACCGAGAAUGACUAUUCAGUCUAAUGUAACCAGGUCCGUAAUCACAUCCUUGAGUGAAUUACUCGCAUUAUCCAACUCAAACAUAUGCAUUUCCAUUAUUCAUCUAUAAUAUUUCUUUUUAACAAUUAUUUGCUUCAAUUUUCAUGUGUUAUCUAGUAUUCGCAUUAUAAUUAUCGUUGAAUAUGCAGAUUCUAAAUCACAAAAUAUUAGUAAUAUGAAGAAGAUAUAUUUAUAGAAUACCUUCUACCUUGUUAUUCAUUUUAAUUAAACACAAUAUUACUCGCGAAAUCAUGCAAAUUUUUCAAUUUAUUUCAUGUUUUUCAUUCAUGAAAAAGGAUGGUCGAAAAUUUUUGCAUGUCUUCAGCUAUGCAGAAACAAUUACACAACAAAGUAUGGAAUUAAGUAUGUAUGAUGCUCGACCAAUUAGCCAGUUGAUUCAAUUAUCUUCUUCAUGUCGAUAUGUAUUAUAUGUCGCCGAUCGAUACAGGUAGUUUUUGUAAUAGAGUUACAGAAAAUGCAGCUUUCACUAAUAUUUCAAACAUACGUUUUAUUUGCAUUAACAUCUUUAUUAGAAAACAAACACGUUUCUGCUUCGUAUCUCAUCCCUACCAAAUACAAACUCAGUAUGAAUUCAAUUAGAUCGUGUGAUUGAAAUUAACUUGACGUUAAUAUUCAUAAAUGAAAAAAAAAUAAAUAAAAUUGGAUCAAAGACUUUUUUUUAAACAACUUGAAAGCGGAAUAUGAUUAAUAAUAAAUAGGUAAACAUAAGUAAACGCUGUAUGAAUUUUUUAGGCACGUUCAAGAAUCGCGAAUAACAUGUUUUCAUUGAUACGUCGGAUGAUCGUCAAUUUACAAGGUAUAUUUUUAGUUUUGCAAAUUAAAGUGUGAUAUUCGUAUCAAAAAGUUGAGGCACAAAUUUGGCUCGCACUUUUAUAUCAAGUAUCCGCAAUGCACAAUCUUGAUAUUACAUAUUAAACUACAUUAUCGAGUUGAAUAUAAGUAAAAAUAAUUGGGUUUAACGGUCGCACAUAGAACACGAGAUGAUUUUAUGAUUCUUGUCGGAAUUUCUUUUUAAAUAAUUUGUAUUCAAAUUAACGCUAACACUUCUGCGAUCGUGCCGAAAAAAAUUCAUGUGUAAUGAUUCCUACAAACAAUAGAUGCGUGUAAAUUUCAGUGUGACUGUGGUUAAUGGAAAAUAAUUCCUGCAUCACAGUUAUCGCUUACGGUGUAUAGGUUCAGCUAAAAUAUCGACGCAUUGAUAUUAUGUUACAAAACGGUAGGCUUAUCGCGAUGAGUAUGAUAACUAGUACCUAAACAUAUUAUAUUUGAUUCAUAGGAUCAAUAUUGAAUGUGUAAAAUGCUGUUGAUACAGUAUUUGUUGAAUUAGAUUGAAAACUACGUUUCAUCCGUAGCAAAUGUUAAAAUUAUUAUAACGCAUCGAUGUGUCGAUAUUUUUCCCCAUUUCUUUUCUCGUAUUUCUUAUAAAACAUUUUGGUAUAUCUGUCAGACGUUGAAUUCAAUUUGGAUUAAAUGAAAAAGCGUUGAACGUUUUAAUGUAAAUAUGAAAUACUUGGUGGUUCAUCAAAGUAAUUCGAAUUUAAAAUAUGGAUUGCUAUUAAAAGUACGCGACGAUGUAAGGAAAACGACACGUACUUCCCUAUUUUGAAAUCGAAUGUAAAGU